AUGGAAUCCUUAACGCAAUGGAUUCUGGUGCUACUCGCCGCAACAGCCUCGCUGGUGUUGAGCGCCUUUUUGAUUGUGCUGUUGAUUCCUCCCAAACGUUUUGCCCCAAUUGCCCCGGUUGCCCCGGUAGCCCCAGUGGCCCCAGUGGCCCCGGUUGCCCCGGUUGCCCCGGUUGCCCCUGUUAUUGUGUCACCAACGCCUAUGCCACCUCCUGUUAUUGUGUCACCACCGCCUGUCGUUGUGUCACCGCCUGUGCCACCGCCUGUCGUUGUGCCACCACCGCCUGUCACCGGCUCAAAUGGGUUGGUCUCCCCUUAUGUCAUGAGUGGGAAUUGCGCCACGUUGCUAUCCGCUGGCAUCCUUAACGCGACCAUUGCUUUCUGGAAUGGCGGUUAUUUCGAUUGCGGCGAUCCCGAUCUGUCCAUUUUCACCAAAGUCACCGGCACAUUGACCCUAAGUUUUGGUGGGGCCGCGGGCUGCAGCCAAUCCACAGAGCCCGCCCUGGUGGCCGGAUCCUCUGUCAUGGACAUUGCCAACCGAUAUCUUGUCCCAUUUCAAAGCUACGCCUUUAAUGCCAUUGAUUUGGACAUUGAAGAGGGCAAACAAUCUGACUCGGGUUCUUUUGUUCUCAGAAAUCAAGCCCUGGUUCUCUUUCAACAACACUAUCCGGGAUACCCGCUGUCAUUUACAGUGCCCGCGGAUGAUGUCUCGGGUUGCUCCAGUAGUUUGGCCAUGUUGCAAGACGCCGUUCGUCGCGGGGUGCGCAUUGAUACCGUGCGGCUCAUGAUAAUGGAUUUUUAUCGCCCGGUGGAUUUGGUGACUGCCUCCAUACAGGCAAUCCAAAUUGCUCAGACCCAACUAGCGGGUCUCGGGAUCACAAAAAUAGUCAAAUUCAAACGUGGAGUUACUGGGAAAUCAAUCGAGAUCCUGGAUUACUCUUUCUGUCGACCUAUGGAUCGAUAUAAAAUCUCCAAGCGCUUUCUAGGUAACGGGGCGUUUGGCACCGUCUGGUUUGCCACCCGGCUCAUCGACAAACUCCCGGUGGCCAUAAAACAACAACCUAUCGAUACCGUCACCGGCAUUGAUGCGGGCGUGUUCCGGGAAAUUGGCCUUCUCUCGCAGAUUUCCCAUGACCACAUCAUCCGCUUGCUCGACGCCUUUGUCGACUCUGGAAAAACCCACGCCAUUUAUCCCUUUUGCCCGUCUUCGCUGGGCAAACGCAUGGUUGUGGGCGAUUACACCAUCUUUGAAGCCAUCGGCUGGUGUCAGCAACUUCUUCAUGGUCUCACUGCCUUGCAACAGUUUGGUGUCUUGCACCGCGAUAUCAAGCCCGACAAUUUAUUGCUGACCGCGGAUAAUACCUUGAAGAUUGGUGAUUUCGGUUCCGCGGUACCGCUCUAUACCGGAAAUCCCAGCCUAUCUACCUAUGUGUCCACUGUGCUCUACCGAGCUCCCGAGAUUCUAACCCACUGCCGAAAUUACGAUUCCCGCGUUGAUGUAUAUUCCGCGGGCGUCGUCAUCGCCGAACUUCUGACCCGUGAAUACCAUUUAUUGAAGUGGCCGUUUGCACACCCAGACAAUCCCGACGAUCCGGGGGACUGUCAACACAUGCUGACCGAAAUCGUCAACAUGUUUGGUCUACCCGAAACCCUUGGCCCCAUCCUCACGAAAGCACCAUUGGCGUAUCUUCUACCCAAACCCCGCAAACGCUCGCCUAGGCUGUCUAAAUGCACGCUCCCGCUACCCUUUUACAACGCCCAAAAUUCAGCUGUGAACGUUAUAAUGGAAGCCUUAGUCUUUGGCGGCGGAGCCCUCAAGGGCUUUGCAUUGAUUGGAGCCGUCAAGGAGUUGCACAAGCGUCAUCUACUCCACUCAGUCAAGGUGUUGGCAGGGGUCUCUAUUGGUAGUGUCUUGGCUGGAUUGCUGAGUCUGCACAUCGACAUUCACACCCUCGAAGAUAUUUUUGUACGCGCCCCUCUUGCUAAUUUGCGUCGACCCAAGUUGUCCAACGUAUUUAAAUCCGCCCAUGGUCUUGAUUCGGGAGAAUACAUGAUGGCGUUUCUUGCAGACAUUCUCUUAGAUCACCACAUACACCCGAAAAUUACAUUAAAGCAGAUCGCGGACCGUUAUAAGCGGACGGUGGUCAUUGUUGCGUCCUGCGUGGAGACCCGCCAAGCCGUCUAUUUCACCCCAGACACACAUCCGAAUCUGCCCCUGUUGGACGCCAUUCGCAUGUCUUGCAGCAUACCCUUGAUAUUUGAGCGCGUCCCCUUUGACGGCAUGUCCUACGUCGACGGCAUGUUGACCGACCCUUUGCCCAUGACCUAUGUCAAACACACCCUCGGGAUCCCGGAAUCCCGCAUAUUGGGAUUUGUCUUGACCUCGGACAAUCAGAUAUCGAAGGUGACCUCCUUUGAAUCCUACAUCUUGCAGAUACUACGCAUGUUUCCGGUCAGUCCGGGAGUCAACGUUAUUUCUAUUGUUUGUCCCGCGGAACAUGGUAUGAAUUUUGGCCUACCCGAGAUAGCCCGUAAAGAAUUAAUUCAAUUGGGUCAACAAGCGGUGGAAGAGCAUGUAUCAUCCCGCAAACUGACCCGACGUCGCUCCAUUUGA